AUGACCGAGGGCGCGCAGGCGGCCGACGAGGUCCGAGUGCCUCUGGGCGCUCCGGCCCCGGGCCCGGCGGCGGCGGCAGUUGGGGCGUCCCCGGCGAGCCCCGGAGUGCCGGGGCGGAAGGCGGAGCCGGGGUCCGGGCCCGGCGCGUCGCCCCCCGAGAGCCCGGCGGCCGAGCGCGGCGCGGAGCUGGGCGCCGACGAGGAGCAGCCCGUCCCGUACCCGGCGCUGGCGGCCACGGUCUUCUUCUGCCUCGGGCAGACCACGCGGCCGCGCAGCUGGUGUCUCCGGCUGGUCUCCAGGAGGUGGUUCGAGCACGUCAGCAUGCUGGUCAUCAUGCUCAACUGCGUGACCCUGGGCAUGUUCCGGCCCUGUGAGGACGUCGAGUGCCAGUCAGAGCGCUGCAGCACCCUGGAGGCCUUCGACGAUUUCAUCUUCGCCUUCUUCGCGGUGGAGAUGAUCAUCAAGAUGGUGGCCCUGGGGCUCUUCGGGCAGAAGUGCUACCUGGGGGACACGUGGAACAGGCUGGAUUUCUUCAUCGUCAUGGCAGGCAUGAUGGAGUACUCGCUGGACGGGCACAAUGUGAGCCUCUCGGCCAUCCGGACUGUGCGCGUGCUGCGGCCCCUCCGCGCCAUCAACCGUGUGCCCAGCAUGCGGAUCCUGGUCACGCUGCUGCUGGACACACUGCCCAUGCUCGGGAACGUUCUCCUGCUCUGCUUCUUCGUCUUCUUCAUCUUUGGCAUCGUGGGUGUCCAGCUGUGGGCUGGCCUGCUGCGCAACCGCUGCUUCCUGGACAGCACCUUUGCCAGAAACAACAACCUCACCUUCCUGCGGCCGUACUACCAGACGGAGGAGGGCGAGGAGAAUCCCUUCAUCUGCUCCUCUCGCCGAGACAACGGCAUGCAGAAGUGCUCGCACAUCCCCAGCCGCCGGGAGCUGCGUGUGGAGUGCACGCUGGGCUGGGAGGCCUAUGGGCAGCCGCAGCGCGAGGGCGUGGCCGGUGCCGCCCACAACGCCUGCAUCAACUGGAACCAGUAUUACAACGUGUGCCGCUCCGGCGGCUCCAACCCCCACAACGGCGCCAUCAAUUUCGACAACAUCGGCUACGCGUGGAUCGCCAUCUUCCAGGUGAUCACGCUGGAGGGCUGGGUGGACAUAAUGUACUACGUCAUGGACGCGCAUUCCUUCUACAACUUCAUCUACUUCAUUCUGCUCAUCAUCGUGGGUUCCUUCUUCAUGAUCAACCUGUGCCUGGUGGUGAUCGCCACGCAGUUCUCGGAGACCAAGCAGCGGGAGAACCAGCUCAUGCGGGAGCAGCGGGCGCGCUACCUGUCCAACGACAGCACACUGGCCAGCUUCUCAGAGCCGGGCAGCUGCUACGAGGAGCUGCUCAAGUACGUGGGCCACAUCUGCCGCAAGGUCAAGCGGCGCGGCCUGCGUCUGUAUGCACGCUGGCAGAGCCGCUGGCGCCAGAAGGUGGACCCCAGCGGCGGCCUGCACAGCCAGGGCCCUGGGCGGCGGCCGAGGCGGGCGGGAAGGCCCACGGCCUCCGUCCACCACCUGGUCUACCACCACCACCACCACCACCACCACCACUACCAUUUCAGCCACGGCAGCCCCCGCCGGCCCGAGCCCAGCCCUGGGGACACCCGGCUGGUGCGGGCCGGGGCCUUGCCCUCGCCGGGCCAUGGGCCCCCCGAUGCCGAGUCGGUGCACAGCGUGUACCACGCAGACUGCCACGUGGAGGGGCCGCAGGAGAGGGCCCGGGUGGCAUCCACCGCGGCCGCAGCCACCGCCAACCUCAAGCUGGCCACGGGGCUGGGAGCCAUGAACUACCCCACCAUCCUGCCCUCAUCCGUGGGGGGCGGCAAAGGCGGCCCCGGCCCCGGGCCCAAGGGGAAGCGGGCUGGCGGGCCUCCAGGAGCUGGAGAGCACAGCCCCCUGAGCCUGAGGGGUGCCGACCCCUAUGAGAAGAUCCAGCAUUUGGUCGGGGAACAUGGACUGGGCCGGGCCCCCAGCCACCUCUCGGGCCUGAGCGUGCCCUGCCCCCUGCCCAGCCCCCAGGCAGGCACGCUGACGUGCGAGCUGAAGGACUGUCCAUAUUGCGCCAGCGCCCUGGACGACCCUGACUUCGAGCUCAGCGACUCUGAGAGCGGAGGCUCAGAAGGCAACGCGGUGUAUGAGUUCACACAGGACGUGCAGCACGGGGACCGCCGCGACCCCAUGCGGGCCCCACCGGCAGCCGACGCGCCAGGCCAGGGCAGCAUGCGGCCACGGGCGCAGCGGCGGGCGGCCCCGGGCGAGCAGGGCGGUCUUGGCCACGCGUGGGCCACCUUCAGUGGCAAGCUGUGCCGCAUCGUGGACAGCAAGUACUUCAACCGUGGCAUCAUGGUGGCCAUUCUCACCAACACGCUGAGCAUGGGCGUGGAGUACCAUGAGCAGCCCGAUGAGCUGACCAGCGCCCUGGAGAUCAGCAACAUCGUCUUCACCAGCAUGUUCGCCCUGGAGAUGCUGCUGAAGCUGCUGGCCUGUGGCCCGCUGGGCUACAUCCACAACCCCUACAACAUCUUCGACGGCAUCAUCGUGGUCAUCAGCGUGUGGGAGAUCGUGGGGCAGGCAGACGGCGGGCUGUCGGUGCUGCGGACCUUCCGGCUGCUGCGGGUGCUGAAGCUGGUGCGUUUCCUGCCGGCGCUGCGGCGGCAGCUGGUGGUGCUCAUGAAGACCGUGGACAACGUGGCCACCUUCUGCAUGCUGCUCACGCUCUUCAUCUUCAUCUUCAGCAUCCUGGGUAUGCACCUCUUUGGCUGCAAGUUCAGCCUGACGACAGACACCGGAGACACAGUCCCAGACAGGAAGAACUUUGACUCCCUGCUGUGGGCCAUCGUCACCGUGUUCCAGAUCCUCACCCAGGAGGACUGGAACGUGGUCCUCUACAACGGCAUGGCCUCCACCUCCUCCUGGGCCGCCCUCUACUUCGUGGCGCUGAUGACUUUCGGCAACUACGUGCUCUUCAACCUGCUGGUGGCUAUCCUGGUGGAGGGCUUCCAGGCGGAGGGGGACGCCAACAGGUCCGACACAGACGAAGACAAGACGUCCACCCACUUGGAGGAGGAUUUUGACAAGUUCUCAGAUCUCCGGGCCACUGAGAUGAAGAUGUACUCACUGGCUGUGACCCCCAAUGGGCACCCAGAGGGCCGAGGCAGCCUGCCCCCUCCCCUCAUCAUGCGCACGGCGGCUACACCCAUGCCCACCCCCAAGAGCUCCCCGCACCUGGACCCGGCCCCCGGCCUCCUGGACUCGCGGCGAGGCAGCAGCAGCUCUGUGGACCCCCAGCUGGGCGACCAGAAGUCGCUGUCCAGCCUCCGAAGCUCGCCCUGCGCCCCCUGGGGCCCCAACAGUGCCUGGAGCAGCCGGCGCUCGAGCUGGAACAGCCUGGGCCGCGCACCCAGCCUCAAGCGGCGGAGCCAGUGUGGGGAGCGUGAGUCCCUGCUGUCCGGGGAGGGCAAGGGCAGCGCGGAUGAGGAGGUGGAGGACGGCAGGCCCGGGGCAGGGGCCUCCCCGGAGACGCUCCCCGUCCCGCUGCGGCGUGCUGAGUCCCUGGACCACCGCAGCAGCCUGGACGUGCGGCCCCCGCGGCCGGCUGCGCUGCUGCCCCCAAAGUCCCAGGACUGCAACGGACAGACACCGGCCCUGCCCGGCGGGUUCUUCCUGCGCGUCGACAGCCACAAGGAGGACCCCACGGAGUUUGACGACGACGUGGAGGACAGUUGCUGCUUGCGCCUGCACAAGGUGCUGGAACCCUACAAGCCCGCGUGGUGUCGCAGCCGGGAGCCCUGGGCCCUGUACCUCUUCUCUCCGCAGAACAGGCUCCGGGUCUCCUGCCAGAAGAUCAUCGCCCACAAGAUGUUCGAUCACGUGGUCCUGGUCUUCAUCUUUCUCAACUGCAUCACCAUCGCCCUAGAGAGGCCCGACAUUGACCCGGGCAGCACCGAGCGCGUCUUCCUCAGCGUUUCCAACUACAUCUUCACGGCGAUCUUCGUGGCCGAGAUGAUGGUGAAGGUGGUGGCCCUGGGCCUGGUCUCCGGCGGUCACGCCUACCUACAGAGCAGCUGGAACGUGCUGGAUGGGCUGUUGGUCCUGGUGUCCCUGGUGGACAUCAUCGUAGCCAUGGCCUCGGCGGGGGGCGCCAAGAUCCUGGGCAUCCUGCGCGUGCUGCGGCUCCUGCGGACGCUCCGGCCCCUGAGGGUCAUCAGCCGAGCUCCGGGCCUCAAGCUGGUGGUGGAGACCCUGAUAUCGUCACUCAGGCCCAUCGGGAACAUCGUCCUCAUUUGCUGCGCUUUCUUCAUCAUCUUUGGCAUCCUGGGGGUGCAGCUCUUCAAAGGCAAGUUUUACUACUGCGAAGGCGCGGACACCAGGAACAUCUCCACCAAGGCUGAGUGCUGGGCGGCUCACUACCGCUGGGUGCGGCGCAAGUACAACUUCGACAACCUGGGCCAGGCGCUGAUGUCCCUGUUUGUGCUGUCGUCCAAGGACGGCUGGGUGAACAUCAUGUAUGACGGGCUGGACGCCGUGGGCAUAGACCAGCAGCCCGUGCCCAACCACAACCCCUGGAUGCUGCUCUACUUCAUCUCCUUCCUGCUCAUCGUCAGCUUUUUCGUGCUCAACAUGUUCGUGGGCGUCGUGGUGGAGAACUUCCACAAGUGCCGGCAGCACCAGGAGGCCGAGGAGGCGCGGCGGCGCGAGGAGAAGCGGCAGCGGCGGCUGCAGCGCAAGCGCAGGAGCACUUCCCCCAGCCCAGAGGCCCAGCGCCGCCCCUACUACGCAGACUACUCGCCGACCCGCCGCUCCAUCCACGCGCUGUGCACCAGCCACUACCUCGACCUCUUCAUCACGUUCAUUAUCGGGGUCAACGUCAUCACCAUGUCCAUGGAGCACUACAACCAGCCCAAGUCGCUGGACGAGGCCCUCAAGUAUUGCAACUACGUGUUCACCGUCGUCUUCGUCUUCGAGGCCGCGCUGAAGCUGGUGGCCUUCGGGUUCCGGAGGUUCUUCAAGGACAGGUGGAACCAGCUGGACCUGGCCAUCGUGCUGCUGUCCAUCAUGGGCAUCGCGCUGGAGGAGAUCGAGAUGAGCGCCGCGCUGCCCAUCAACCCCACCAUUAUCCGCAUCAUGCGUGUGCUCCGCAUCGCCCGCGUGCUGAAGCUGCUGAAGAUGGCCACCGGCAUGCGGGCGCUCCUGGACACGGUGGUUCAAGCCCUACCCCAGGUAGGGAACCUCGGCCUACUUUUCAUGCUCCUGUUUUUUAUCUAUGCUGCCCUGGGGGUGGAGCUGUUCGGGAGGCUCGAGUGCAGCGAGGACAACCCGUGUGAGGGCCUGAGCCGGCACGCCACCUUUUCCAACUUCGGCAUGGCCUUCCUCACACUGUUCCGCGUGUCCACCGGGGACAACUGGAACGGCAUCAUGAAGGACACGCUGCGGGAGUGCGCCCGCGAGGACAAGCACUGCCUCAGCUACCUGCCCGCCAUCUCCCCCAUCUACUUCGUCACUUUCGUGCUGGUGGCCCAGUUCGUGCUGGUCAACGUGGUGGUGGCCGUGCUCAUGAAGCACCUGGAGGAGAGCAACAAGGAGGCCCGCGAAGACGCAGAGCUGGACGCGGAGCCGGACCUGGAGGAGGCCCCGGGGCCCCCCGCCGGGCCCCCGCCUGCGGCCCCGCACAACCCGGACGCCCCCGGCCUCCUGGUGGUGCGCAAGGUGUCCGUGUCCAGGGUGCUGUCCCUGCCCAAUGACAGCUACAUGUUCCGGCCCGUGGCACCCGCCUCGGCCCCACACCCCCGCGCGCCACGGGAAGCGGACACCGCUGGCCUGGCGACCUCCGCGCACCCCCCGCCCGGGGAGCCCUGCAGCUCUCUCCAGGUUCCCUCGAUGGCCGCACUCUCCCCAGCCCGGGACAGCGACACGCUCCACGCCCUUUCCCCGCGGGGUGCAGCCCGCUCCCCCAGCCUCAGCCGGCUGCUCUACAGACAGGAGGCCAUGCACAUGGACUCACAGGAAGGACACAUUGACAGCCCCAGGGACAGUGGCCCGGGCUGGGGGGAGCCUGGCAGGAAGACCCCCGUGAGGCAGGCAUCCCUGGGGUCCUCCCUACGGUCCCCACCCCGGUCCCCGUGGCCCAGCAGCAUCCGCACCCGCAAACACACAUUUGGACAGCGCUGCGUCUCCAGCAGGCCACCGGCCCCAGGAGGGGACGAGGCCGAGACCCCAGAUCCUGCUGACGAGGAGGUCAGCCACAUUACCAGCUCGGCCCGGAGCCCCUCAGCCUCACCCACUGCCCGCGGAGGGGGAGGCAGAGACCCGGACCUGUGCGGGCUCUACGGCAUGGACACCCAGGGCUUCCUGGAACAGCCGGGCCAGGCAGAUGAGCACAGGCGGGCCUCCGGGGAGCAGGGGGGCGGGGAUGGGCCCCUGGAGGCUCGGGAGGUGAAGGCUCGGUCGCCGGAGGCCGAGCCAGCCUUGGGGGCACGCAGGAAGAAGAAGAUGAGCCCCCCCUGCAUCUCCGUGGACCCCCCUGUGGAGGACGAGGGCACGGCCCGGCCCCCCCCAGCUGAGGGCAGCAGCACCACUCUGCGGCGGCGAACCCCGUCCUGUGAGGUCGUGCCGCACAGGGACUCCCUGGAGCCCGUGGAGGGGGCGGGGGUGGACCCUGGAGCCAAGGGGGAGCGGCGGGCUCAGGCCGCCUGCCGCGCGGAACACCUGACCGUCCCCAACUUCGCCUUCGAGCCGCUGGACGCGGGGGGCCCUGGCGGAGGCCCGUUUUUGGACGGUGGCCACAAUGUGGCCCCAGAACCCAGGGCUUCCUUCUCAGGGGCCACGGUGCCUCCUGAACCCCACAAAACAGAGCUUCCUGUGUCCUCCAGCGACCCCCCAGAGAAGGAAUGGGGGUUGUACCUCAAAGUCCUCCAGAGUCCCCCAAAGAAAGCAGGGUCUCCCCCAGCCACCCCCACGCCCGGAGACAGCGUAGACAGGCCCGUGUAG